UCCCCUGGCGUCGCAAUGGGGAACACGUUCGGUGUUCCAUUUUCGGGAGUCAUUAAACCAACGUAUUAAACCGAUUAAACCUCGUGAAAUCCAAAGAACAUUUACCAAUUUGUUCACGAAUCGCUCGCGCUUCGUUCACUGGGUAAAACAAAGCGUUGAUAAACCGUACAGAGGCAAGAUGCAAGUCACUCCGUUUGUCGUCUGCAACUCGCGCUCGGCAAAAAAAAGAUAAGAUAAAGUUAACAAUAAAAAAAAGUUUUCUAGGCAUUUUUUAGAGCUAUAUGUAGCCAUUGAAUACGUAUAAAAAGUUCAGUUAUUUUUAAAGGCAAGUUUGACUCGCACACCGCAACUAUCAGUAGCAAAAAAGUCGGCUCACAACAAUGCGUUGUCCGCCAUCUUGAAUAUUUGCUCUUUCACGUUUACCUCAAAAAAGCUUGCGGGUUGUCGGCAACGUCGGUCCCCAGAUUGUCAAAUCGCCGACGGUUCAAAGCCGCGCCACAAGCCCCACCAUGGCCCCGAACAUCACGGUAAGGGUCCAUCCCGUAGUACUGUUCGCCAUCGUCGAUUCCUACGAGCGCCGCAACGACGGCGCCGAGCGAGUCAUCGGCACCUUGUUGGGCUCGUACGAGAAAGGCGGCGUCGAAGUCACCAACUGCUUCUGCGUACCGCACAACGAGUCCCAAGACGAAGUCGCCGUCGACCUCGAGUUUGCCAAGAACAUGUUCGAGCUCCACAAGAAGGUGAACAGCUCUGAAGUGAUCGUGGGCUGGUACGCCACCGGCCCAGAUGUCACGGGACAUUCUGUCCUCAUCCACGACUACUACAGUCGCGAAGCGACAAACCCCAUUCACCUCACCCUCGACACACUCAUGGCGGACGGCAAGAUCAACAUCAAGACGUACACGAGCACGCCGUUCGGCGUGCCGGGCAAAAACGUCGGCACCAUGUUCUCCCCGUGUAAGGUUGAGGUGGUCGGCUACGACGCGGAGAUGGUCGGGCUCAAGGUGACGCAGGGAACGAAAAACAACAAGCAGAGGAGCGUGGAGUGCAUCGCUGACUUCGACUCGGUGAGCAAAGCGGCCAAGGAGAUGCGCGAGAUGCUCGAGGUGGUGAUCACGUACGUGGACGACGUGCUGACCGGGAAGACACCGCCGGACAACCAUGUCGGUCGCAUGCUGCUCGACAUCAUACAGAGCGUGCCGCAGAUGGAUCACGAGAAGUUCCAGAACAUGCUGAACAGUAACAUGAAGGACUUGCUCAUGGUGGUCUACCUGUCCCAGCUCACCAAGACGCAGCUGGCUCUGAACGAGAAGCUUAGCAUGCUGUAGGCCGGAUGGGUCUAAGCACUCGUUAAUAAAGACAGGUCUGUGAAUUGA